AGGGGUAUUAAGGGGAUUUCUCUGUACAUAUCCAGUUGAAUUGAAUCAAUUGAUACAUUGAGCUCCUGCAGUCAUAGAUUCUACAAAAUGACCAAGAAAGUCGUGAUUGCCAUGGACAUCUACGGGACUGUCCUCACUAUGGAGACCAUCGCCCAAGAACUGGAAAAGCACUUCCCAAAAGCCAACGCUGAGGCCAUCCUAAAGACAUGGAGACAGCACCAGCUGGCGUACACUUGGAGAUUGAACAGUUUGGGUGCGUGACUGCGUUUCUACGAUGCUGUUCACACUACUAAACCGUUGACAGGACGCUUUCUACCCUUCUCCGAAGUAACUCGUAACGCCCUGUCCCAUACCUUAGCAGAAACCCCCGGAGCCGAUCCGGCAGAGCAGCACAUCAACAGGCUCAUGGCCGCCUUCGAGAACAUGGGAACGUUCCCGGAUGUCGGACCAACAUUGAGUCGACUGGCAGUGACCCCCGGUGUCGUACCGGUGGUGUUCACCAACGGCACCAAGACAAUGGUAUCCCAUUCAUUGUCAAAAUCAAAGGACCUCGCACCAUACUCGGCAGUUUUUCAAGAAAUCGUCACAGUUGAAGAGGUCAAACAAUUCAAGCCAGCGCCGGCAGUGUAUAACCACUUGGCGGAGACGGCGGGAUUAGCAUCCCAAAAGGAAGACAUCUGGGUGAUCAGUGCCAAUCCAUUCGACAUCAAUGGCGCGCGCAACGCAGGCCUGAAGGCCAUCUGGAUCGACCGCAGUUUGACAGGAUGGACAGACAGAGCUGAGCCGAGUCUCGAGCCCACGGCAGUCCUGCACAGCCUGGAAGACAUUAUCCAGACGAUUACCCAUCAUUAUAAAGACAAAUUGAACCGCCAUGUUACAUGUCGAGUUUAAGCAAUACUAGUGAGGCUGUUGAGAGAGAUGUAUUGCGAGUUGUAUUUCCGAACGCUCCACGCAAGAAAGAAGAAUCCGGGGUAAGCAAGCAAAUUCAUUCUAUCCUUUCAUUUCCCCUCCAGAUAUCCAUUGAGCGAUGUGGGAUUUCAGAGUGAAUAGAAAGGAGUUUCAGUUUUGGUAGGAAAAAAAGAGAAGGUUCAGAGGAUGAGAAAAAUUUCGGAUUUU